AUGGUCUGUGCGAUCCUCUGCCUCGCCAGUGCGCACGCCUCGGUGCUCUCCGCACCAGCCGAGCCGCCUCUCACCCCCGAGAACAUCAAUCCGCGGCUGGUCGCAGCGGAGUACGCCGUGCGGGGCAGGCUGCUCGACCGGGCCAAAGAGCUCGAGUCGGUGGGGAGGCGGACGGUCAAGUGCAACAUCGGGAAUCCGCAGGCGCUGGGCCAGAGGCCGCUCUCGUGGGUGAGACAGGUCCUCUCCCUCGUUCUCAACGCCGACCUACUCGAGGCGGCCGAGGCGGCGGCAUGCGGCAGCAGUGACGGCGAGGCGCUGCGGGCGCUCUUCCCGCCAGACGCGGUGGCGCGGGCGAGGGUGUACGUGGACGCCAUCUCGUCGGCGGGCGCGUACUCCGACUCGCAGGGCGUGCUAUGCGUGCGCGAGGAGGUUGCGCACUUCCUCCGCGAGCGGGACGGCUGCGGCUCCGAGGCGCGCGGCCAGAGCU